UAUCUGGCGAAGGAUCUCGGCCUGGACUCCGUGGGCUUUGGAUACAUUCAGACCCUCUUCGGGGUUCUCCAGCUCCUGGGAGGCCCUAUUUUUGGCAGGUUCGCUGACCAGUGGGGGGCCCGAGCAGCCUUGACUCUCUCCUUCUUGGCUGCUUCUGGUUUCUACUUGCUUCUUUCCUUUGCCACAAAUGUGCCUCUCCUCGUGGCAUCCCGGAUCCCAUCUGUGUUCAUGCAUGUGCUCCCAGGGGCCCAGAUGGUCAUCACAGAUAUAACCCCCCCAGCAGAUCGCCCUGGAGCCCUGGGAAGGCUGGGCCUGUGCUUUGGAAUAGGAGUGAUCCUGGGCUCCUUGUUUGGCGGGAUACUGAACACCAAGUUUGGCGUUUACUUCCCUGCCUAUGUCGCCUUCUUGGCCAAUUCCAUCUGCACCGUGGUCAGCCUCAUGUGCAUCCCCACAAACACCAAGGGCACCUCUGAAGUCAAGACAGUCCCAUCGGGCAAACGCCCAGCAGCCAGUGUGUUUGAUCUGAAGGAGAUCUCUCGCCUGCUGGGCCUGCCGGGGGUCCGGCCUGUUUUCUUCAUCAAGAUCAUUUCUGGUCUUCCUUCAGGGCUUUUUAUGAUCAUGUUCUCCAUCAUCUCCAUGAAUUUCUUCGAGCUGGAUGCUGCACAAGCCGGGUACCUCAUGUCCUACUUCGGGAUUCUCCAGAUGGUGGUCCAAGGCCUGGUCAUUGGGCAGCUGACCAAGUGGUACUCCGAGGGCACCUUGCUCCAGGCCAGCAUCUUUGUCUUCAGUUCCACGGGCCUGGCUAUGGCCCUAAUGACCAAUGUCUUCCACUUCUGCCUCAUUGUCCCCGGCCUUGUGUUCAGCCUCUGCAUCAUGAACGUCAUCACAGACAGUAUGCUAACCAAGUCAGUGCCCCCCUCAGACACAGGCGCCAUGUUGGGCAUCUGCUCUUCUGUCCAGCCGCUGACUCGGACCGUGGGCCCCACCAUCGGCGGUCUGCUCUACCAGAGAUUCGGAGUCGCCGCCUUUGGCCAUCUGCAGUUUGCAGUCAACUUUCUCCUGUUCUUGUAUCUGUGUAAGAAGGAUAUUACCCCGAAAGCCGAAAAAGCACCUUGACCUUUGCUCUAGAGAUGAGCUCGCCGCCCCACACCGCCCCCUCCAUCCCAGUAAUAAAUGCCUUGGGCCCUC